AUGGAUGGGAUUACAUCACUGCUUCACUCCAUGACAAACGGUGCCGCCAGCGGCACAGGUAUCCUCAAGCUGUUGCCUAUGGCACAGGACAUGUUUGGAGGCACCGUCCCGGAGUACCUCGUGAAGUACUCCUUGAGUCAGCAGAUUGCCAUCUUUGGUGACUACCCGACAUCCGAUGACAUAGCACCGAGUGCAAUCUUCACAGCUAUUUUUGCAAUCUUUUUCAUUGCACACAGCUAUGUGUUUCUGAAGAACAUGUCUAGAGGACAUAAAUUUUGGCUUUCGAUUGGGUUUGCCUUUUACACGCUCAUGAGAGUUGUAGGGUUUGCCAUGAGAAUAUCCUGGGCCGAUGAUAUUCAGCGUUUAAGAGUGGGAAUGGCAUCUGAGGUGUUUAUCAUUGUUCCCAUCGUGCUCUUGGCCAGUUUCAACUUGGUUUUGGCACAGAGAAUCUUUACAUGGCGCCACCCUCACAUUGGUUCCAAGAAUUGGUUCUGGGCGUGUAUGAUAAUCGUCUACACCGUUGUAACCGGUGUGGUUGUCAUGGCCAUCUUGGGUGCUCUUAUUCCUUACAUUUACUUUUUGUCUGAGCACCACUAUACAAUGUGCAAGCAAGUUGUUCGUGCUGCCGCAGUGCUCUGUGUCCUUUACUCCGUCUUGGCCAUCAACUUGGUGAUUGGUGCGUUCCUCAUCAAGCCAACUCCAAAAUCGGACAAGAUCUGGACUUACCAACCUUGGUGGAUUGAGAGCUUUGGUCUUUUCUACUACGUUAAGAAGAAUGCGUGCCAAAAGGCUGAAGAGACCUUUGCCAUUCGUGAACCAUCCGCUGAGGAUGCUGUCAGAAUCAUCCCAUCAACUACUCACUACCACAAUACUUUGGAGAAGGUGCAAUCCGUAACCUCGAAGAAGGGUACCUUGACUCACAAUACAUCCAUUGCCAUCAUUGCUUUGACCACCAUUAUCCUGCUUAUCUCUUCGAUUUUCAGAUGCGUCUCAACUUUCAUCGACCAGACGUAUGCUAACCAAUCUUGGAUCUUUGACAACACCGUCAUGUACAUUAUGUUCGGUGCGCUUGAAACCAUCAUCAAUCUUGCUUACCUCAUUGGUCGUGUUGACUUGAGAUUCUACAGACCAGACAAGCUCAAGAAGGGAUUUUCCUCUGUUCUUGGUGUUUAA